UAUGGUCUGGUGGAGGGUUGGGUGGGAACUUGGAUGUAAUUUUUCACCUCCCUCUUGCAAUGAUCCCAUACCUAAUCUUUAAUACAAGAUUGUAUACUUUUAAGUCAGAACUUAACUCCUCUCUCAGUCAAGAAAAGGGAAGGUUGUCAGAUACGAUCUGUUAGGCUGGUAGUUCCUCAGUUCACUCAGACAUACUCUUUUCUCUGACUCUUGAACUUGCCCUCAGCUCCCCACACCUUGGAGUCCCUUUCACCCUCCUUGCUCAGGUGCUUCCUUACACUCCUUUCUUCAGAAAGCAGGCAUCCUCCACUUGCUUCAUGCCUUGGCCCUCCUCUGCUCUCCAUCUAGCCAAACUGGUUUGAGUUGGUCAUGCCCCUUCCCAGCUCCCUGGGCUCUUCACAUGGUGGCUGGCCCCACAACUCUACCUUGGCUUGGCUUGGAGCCAUGAGUCAGCUUCAUCUCCACCCAAGCCAAAUCAAACCUGAGGCAGGAGCCGAAACUCACAGUCCCUCAAAGCCUAUAGCCAGGUAAGAACCUGUUCAUGUUUAUAGUUUCUGAGCUUAACUCCCUGGGCCCUCUUGGGCUCUUCUCAUUGGCUGACACUUCAGUUCUUGCCUCAACUUGCACUGCAGCUUUGCUACACAUCCUUUUGUGCUCUGUCUCAUUCUGUGCAGUCCCUUGUGCUUGGCGAACCACAGGUGGUUUCACUUUGUCUAAGUCGUAGGAGAAUGAUUGAGCAUGAGAGUGGAAAGGUAUUGUGAUAUGCAUAGAGGGCCUGAGAAGGAGUGAGAAAAAGGCACUAUGCAGGUGUCUGUGUGGGCAGUGAGGCCAUUUGGACUCUGACAUAGUUUGAUUUGUCUUGCGCGGCAUGGGUUAAAAUGAAGAGAGAAGGUGGCAGGAAGGCAUCAUAACAAAGCUAUGUUCAGGGUUUGGGUUUUUUGUUUUGUUAUGUUUUUGUUUUGAGACAGGAUCUCCUGUAUCCUCAAACUCCAAGCUAGCAAUGCUGGUCUUGAACUCUUGAUCUUUCUGCUUCAACCAGAAUCGGGAUUAUAGAUGUCUGCCACUACUAUUGGGUGAUGGAGGACGAGGAGAAUGCAGCGGAGAGCUUGAUGAGCAACAUGGAAGCUGCUCAUUCUCCAUCCCCUAUCCACUGCUGCUGGCUCCGCCUCCGAUACUUGGCAGCUACUAGCAUUAUCUGUGGCUGUUCUUGCCUGGGAGUCAUGGCUCUUGUGUUUGCUGUCAAGGCAGAAGAGCGGCAUAAGGCAGGCCAGUCGGAGGAAGCCAUAUACUGGGGGGCCCGGGCCCGGAGACUCAUUCUGGCCAGUUUUGCUGUCUGGUUUGCUGUCCUUGUUCUGGGUCCCCUGCUGCUGUGGCUUCUCUCCUACACCAUUGCGCAGGCUGAGUAAUCUGGAUGGCCUUUGCUGAGAGCCAGUCAAGACCUGGAUCCAGUCCAACAGUGCAGCAGUGCUCGGUUCUGAUGACAGGAGUGGUUCGUGGUUCUUCCUGUCUAGAAGGACGUUGCCUUUCUCGGGAGCCAUUGGAAGAGCCCAUCUAGGCUACUCAAAGCACCUGAGACUUCACGGGGAGGUCAGCCUGCUCUGUUCUUUCAUUACCCUCUGCUUUGUCUCCCCUGCCCCUCCAUCCUAGGAGCCUCCAUUCAGAGAAAUUGUUGAAAACCAGGCUUGAUUUUAUUAGAAUUUGUUUUUUAAUAAAAAUCUUUUUUGGUGGUGAAA